UUCAGCUUCGACUUCAUUUUGUGGAAGUGUUGGAAAAAUUAAAACACAAUAUUUAAAGCAGAAACUGAGAUAUUAAUGUAACACAACAGGGCAGUGACUAAAGUAAACUCCUAGGAGAGAGAUCAGAAUCAGCAGCACCCAGCUGUAUCUCCAGAGUGAUGCAGCUAUGGAUCGUCCUCUGUGGUUUAAAGCUGGAGACUCCUCACCUCUACACAGUAAACUCCAGGGAAAGAGAUCAGAAUCGACACCCAGCUGUAUCUCCAUGAAGAGUGAUGCGUCUAUGGAUCCUCCUAUGAAGUUUAAAGAUGGAGACUUCUCACCUCUAUGCAGUGAUCUACAAAAGGCAGAAGACAGAAUAGCAAAGAGGAUCAUCACAGAUACAGGGCACGACCCAGAAUCUGCUGCUGUAAAUGAAUUCCAUAAAAAGUUCAAAUUAAAUAUGAUGAAGUUGUUUCAGUUCUUUAAUGGAGUGAUGAUAAACCUGGGAACCCAAACACCCCUGAAUGAGAUCUACACAGAGCUCUACAUCACAGAGGGAGACAGUGGAGAAGUGAAUAAUGAACAUGAGGUGAGACAGAUCGAAGCAGCAUCCAGGAGAACAACAACAGAGGAAACACCAAUCAAAUGCAAUGACAUCUUUAAGCCCUUAUCUGAACAAGACAAACCCAUCAGAUCUGUGCUGACAAAGGGAGUCGCUGGCAUCGGAAAAACAGUCUCUGUGCAGAAGUUCAUUGUGGACUGGGCGGAAGGGAAAGCAAAUCAGGACCUCCACCUCAUAUUUCCACUUCCUUUCAGAGAGCUGAAUUUGAUGAAGGACCAGAAACUGAGUCUGACGGAGCUCCUUCAUGUCUUUUUUAAAGAAACAAAAGAAACCGAAAUGUUCAGUUUGGAAAAGGUUCUGUUCAUUUUUGAUGGAUUGGACGAGUGUCGUUUUCCUCUAGAAUUCCAGAACACAGUGAGAGUGUGUGAUGUAACUGAAUCUGCGUCAGUGCCUGUCCUGCUGAUAAACCUGAUCAAAGGGAAUCUGCUUCCCUCUGCUCUCAUCUGGAUCACCUCCCGACCUGCAGCAGCUGAUCAAAUCCCCUCUGAGUGUGUCUAUCGAGUCACAGAGGUACGAGGGUUCAAUGACCCACAGAAGGAGGAGUACUUCAGAAAGAGGAUCAGAGAUCAGAGCCUGGCCAAUAACAUCAUCACACACCUGAAGUCAUUAAGAAGUCUCUAUAUCAUGUGUCACAUCCCAGUCUUCUGCUGGAUUUCAGCCGCUGUUCUAGAGAGAAUGUUGUGUAAAGCAAAGAGAGGAAAGAUCCCCAAGACUCUGACUCAAAUGUACACACACUUCCUCAUUAUUCAGAUAAACAUCAUAAGAGAAAAGUACUCAAAGAAGCAGCAGAGUGAUAAAGAAAUGCUUCUUAAACUGGGACAACUGGCUUUUGAGCAGCUGGAGAAAGGGAACCUGAUCUUCUAUGAGGAAGACCUGAGAGAGUGUGGCAUUGAUGUGAGAGAAGCAGCAGUGUACUCAGGUGUGUGUACGCAGAUCUUCAGAGAGGAGUUUGGGCUUCACCAGAGUAAAGUGUACUGCUUUGUUCAUCUAAGCAUUCAGGAGCACCUCGCAGCCCUGUAUGUGCACCUGAUGUUCAGGAUAGACAAUAAAAUUGUCCUUAAAAAGAGUCAAGCUUUAAAACAGAAGAAGAAAGAAAUUACAGUUUUAGAUUUCCACAAGUGUGCUGUAGAUAAAGCCUUAGAAAGUCAGACUGGACGUCUGGAUCUUUUCCUUCGCUUUCUUCUGGGUCUCUCACUGGAGUCCAAUCAGAAUCUCUUACAGGCCUUAGUAACACAGACAGGAAGUAGCUCCCAGAGGACAAAGAAAACAGUUCAGUACAUUAAUAUGAAGAUCAGUAAAGAGUGUUCUACAGAGAAAUCCAUCAAUCUGUUCCACUGUCUGAAUGAACUGGGUGAUAAUUCUCUAGUGGAGGAAAUCCAAUGCUACCUGAAAUCUGGAAAACAGAGGAAACUCUUUUCUUCAUCACAGUGGUCUGCUCUGGUGUUUGUGUUACUGACAUCAACACAGGAGCUGAAAGAAUUUGAGCUGAUUAAAUAUAUCAGUCCAGAUCAGAUAACAGAUGAUAUUCUUCUGAAGGUGAUGCCUGUGAUUGCAGCAUCCAGAAAAGCAAUUAUCAGGUGUGAUAGAGUUGGAGUGAAAAGUUGUUCAGCUCUGGGCUCAGCACUCAACUCAGAAACCUCCAAUCUGAGAGAACUGCAUCUGACUGUGAAAACACUGGAUCUGUUCAACAGUAAACUAGGAGACCCAGAAGUAAAGAGUCUCUCUGCUGUACUGGAGAAUCCUUACAGUAAAGUGGAAUGUCUGAGUAUCUGCUGUGAUGAAGUUGGAGUGAAAAGUUGGUCAGUUCUGGUCUUAGCACUCAACUCAGAAACCUCCAAUCUGAGAGAACUGCAUCUGACGGUGAAAACACUGGAUCUGUCUGACAGUAAACUAGGAGACUUAGGAGUAAAGACUCUCUCUGCUGUACUGGAGAAUCCUGACAGUAAAGUGGAAAGUCUGAGGUUGAGUGGUUGUGGUGUCUCAGAUGAAGGCUGUGCUGCUCUGACUUCAGCUCUGAGAUCAAACCCCUCACACCUGAGACAACUGGAUCUGACUAAUAAUAAAGUAAAAGACACAGGAGUGAAGUGUCUCUGUGCUGUACUGGAGAAUCCUCUCUGUAAACUGGAGACACUGAGGUUGUGUGGUUGUGGUGUCUCAGUUGAAGGGUGUGCUGCUCUGACUUCAGCUCUGAGAUCAAACCCCUCACACCUGAGAGAACUGGAUCUGUCUAAUAAUAAUGUUUUAGACUCAGGAGUGAAGAGUCUCUGUGCUGUACUGGAGAAUCCUCAUUGUAAACUGGAGAAACUGGGGUUGUGGGAUUGUGGUGUCUCAGAUGAAGACUGUGCUGCUCUGACUUCAGCUCUGAGAUACCCCUCACACCUGAGAGAACUGGAUCUGUCUAAUAAAAAAGUAGGAGACUCAGGAGUGAAGUAUCUCUCUGCUGCCCUGGAGAAUCCUGACUGUAAACUGGAGACACUGGGGUUGUGUGGUUGUGGUGUCUCAGAUGAAGGCUGUGCUGCUCUGACUUCAGCUCUGAGAUCAAACCCCUCACACCUGAGAGUACUGGAUCUGUCCUCGAAUUAUAAUAUAGGAGACUCAGGAGUGAAGUGUCUCUGUGCUGUACUGGAGAAUCCUCACUGUAAACUGGAGACACUGAGGUUGUAUAAGUGUGAUGUCUCAGAUGAAGGCUGUGCUGCUCUGACUUCAGCUCUGAGAUCAAACCCCUCACACCUGAGAGAUCUGGAUCUGUCUAAUAAUAAAGUAGGAGACUCAGGAGUGAAGUGUCUCUGUUCUGUACUGGAGAAUCCUGACUGUAAACUGGAGACACUGAGGUUGUAUGAUUGUGGUGUCUCAGAUGAAGGCUGUGCUGCUCUGACUUCAGCUCUAAGAUCAAACCCCUCACACCUGAGAGAACUGAAUCUUUCUGAGAAUAAAGUAGGAGACUCAGGAGUGAAGUGUCUCUGUGCUGUACUGGAGAAUCCCCACUGUAAACUGGAGAUACUGUGGUUGUGGGAUUGUGGUGUCUCAGAUGAAGGCUGUGCUGCUCUGACUUCAGCUCUGAGAUCAAACCCCUCACACCUGAGAGAACUGAAUCUGUCUAAUAAUAAUAAAGUAGGAGACUCGGGAGUAAAGUGUCUCUGUGCUGUACUGGAGAAUCCUCACUGUAAACUGGAGACACUGAGGAUGUGGUGGUGUGGUGUCUCAGAUGAAGGCUGUGCUGCGCUUACUUUAGCUCUGAGAUCAAACCCCUCACACCUGAGAGAACUGGAUCUGAGCCUUAAUAAAAUAGGAGACCCAGGAAAGAAGCUGCUCUCUGCUCUUAAGGAUGAUGAACAUUACAAACUACAGACACUGAGAUUCAGGCUGUGAUGAACAUCUUUGUGUGAUGAAGACUCCGGUGUUCCUGCGUCUCCAUGUUGGUGAUAGAGAACAUGCUCAUAAACACAUCAUUCAUUUAGUUAUAACACAUUAAACAGACUCAGAGACGUGAGAAGUGUGUGUUCAUCGUGCACAGUGAAUCACAGACUGAGUGAACACAGACAAGUGGAGUGACACAAGUCAUCAAAUCUGCCAGUUCUGUUAUGAAAUAUAUGAAACAUCAGCCUUGUUGUGGUCGCUGCUUGUCCAAACACAUUCAUGGACCAAAAUUAACUGUUGUGACGCAGGUUUGAUGGGUCAUGUGAUUAUUCUGUGUUUAUGAUUACUGUUUUUAUUUUCAUACUGUCCUAUGUUUUUAUUUUUCUUAUGCAUAUUGCUGGUUUAUUAGCUUCACAAUUAAAAUCACAUUGUAUUUAAGUGCUUACGGUGUCUUGCAUAAUUUAAUGUAAAUGUUCGUACGGAUUAGUAUUAUCUGGGGACCUCUUGUGAUUUAGAAAUUACCCUCUCAGAUAUAAGUUUAGUGUUGUGGAUUCGCACGGAAUAAUAAAACCCUGCGUUUUUAUUGAUGAAUUUAUGGAUGUCCAGUUAGAUGGAUUAAAAAAAAAGAAAAACAUAUAGUUGUCAUGCCGUGUGUCAUUUACAUUUCACCGGGUUAAAAUCUAACAGCUCGAGCUGUACGCUUGAUUGUUAUCGGUAACACAUUAACCUCAAAUUAUGACGUGAGCCUUCUGGCUUAAUUGUGCACUAUUUUGGAUAGGCUAUUGUUUGGAAAUAUCGUUAUAGGUAUGAUAUGAAUAUAAGAGUGUUUACCGCAUUCUGCUCUACGUCACCCAUCACUUUCUAAUCAUUCUUUUCGCUUUCGCUAUUCUGAUGGUUUUCAGCUUUCUCCUUCUGCACUUUGUAUUGUUCUAUGAUGUAUAGCGAUAUGACCCAGCACCAAAAUACUUUCACUCCAAUGCAGCCUCUAUUCUUCGCGGACGAUGGAUAAAAAGGCGCGCAGGAAACAAAAACCUUGAAAAAAUAAUACUGUAUACGACUCCGCCAAAUCCUGGCCAAAUCACAGACAUGCUGAUUCGCAUGGGACUAGUAUUACCACAGUACCUCAUUGUUCAGGGAAAUAUGGUAGGUAAUUUGGAGAGGAAUUUUACAAAUUUUACAAAUUACAGACAUGGUCGAUUCGCACGUGAUUAAGAUCACAGACAACCUCCGCAAUUAUUACAAAUCACACGAGGUCCCCAGGUAAUACUAAUCCUGUGCGAAUAAGACAAAAUACAUUUAAAAAAAUAAUGCCAUACAUGUCUUUAUUUCUGUUUAAAAUUAUUUAAAUAUGUAACAAAUGUUGUAGCAAUAUGUUUGAAACUGUUUUUUAAAUAUAUUUUAUGUCUAAAAACAAAACAUUGUUGCAAAAAAUAAUUCACUGGUUGAAUGUAAUUUACUUUGUCGUCAUUUUCUAUGUAAAAAUAUCACAUUAGAUGUAACGCCACUUCUUUUUUUAACAGACAAUAAAGUUGACAGGAGAGUUGUGGUUCUGUGUCGUUGAUAUCACUACAGCUUGUUUAUCCACUUUGCGUGUGGACGUGGGUCUGUUGGGGCAAGCAGGAGGGGUUAGCACCUCUGUGUUCUCUUCUCCCAGGUUCACAGGUUCUGGAACACGUUUGCCGUGGCUAUGAUUGCUGUCUGUGUCACAAGGAGCCACUGUUGGAUAAUUUCAGAAAGUAAUGCUUUUGCUACUGCACUAGCAUCUUGUUUGGUUGUGAGGAGUGCUUUCACCCAUUUGGAAAAUAUAUCAAAUAAUACCAAGAUCUGAGGUAUUUCUGGGGGUUCCUGUGGUUAGUCUUUUCACGUUUCUAAAAUGUGUUUUUUUGUGAAAUAGGUAUUUUCAAGUGAAUU